AUGGAAUCCGCUCCCCGUCUUCGAGUCACCCCCCCGCAGCUACCAGAGGCGCACAAAGGCCGGGGAAUGGAAUCCAUCAAUGACACCGCUGGCAAGGCAGGACGCCCAGUUCUUCUAUCGUUCGAUGAGAUGCCGGAGUGGUUUCGACGUGAAUCCAACCAGUGGAUUCUCCAUGGCUAUCGGCCUAUCUCAGGCUCGGCUCACGCUUCGUUCUGCAGCUGGUCAUAUAUCCACAACGAGUCCGUUAACAUCUAUUCCCACCUUAUCCCGGCCGUUUUCUUCCUCCUCGGCGAGUGGUAUAUCCAGCAGUACCUUGCCAGUAGAUACUCUGGUGUCACUAGCGCCGAUUUCAUUGCUUUCUCCAUCUUCAUGUUGGCGGCCGUUACGUGCCUAUCGUUAUCGGCGACAUACCACACAUUAAUGAACCACUCCAAGCACGUAGAACAUUUGUGCCUGCGAUUGGACAUGCUGGGUGUAGUGAUCUUCAUACUGGGCGACCUUGUCUUGGGAAUAUACAUGGUUUUCUGGUGUGAACCUGUUCCACGCAAUAUCUACUGGUCUAUGAUUGGAGUUUUCGGGACGUUGACCAUCUUCAUGACAAUGCAUCCCAAGUUCCAGGGCUCAAAGUAUCGUCUCUUCCGAGCCUUGAUGUUCGUGGCGACUGGCUUGUGCGGUGUUGCGCCCUUGAUCCAUGGACUCAGUGUGUUCGGCAUGUUGCAGAUGAUGAGAAAAGCUUUUCCCUAUACUCUGGCAAAAGCAGGCUGCCUUCUAUCUGGGACUUCAUUUUAUGCAACCAGGUUUCCCGAAAGUCGAUAUCCUGGCAAAUUCGAUUUAUGGGGAUCACAUUCGAUCUUUCACAUCCUGGUGGUAUGCGCCGCUGUGGUCCAGCUGCUGGGUUAUCUGGAUGCCUUUGACUAUGCUCACGCAAAUCUGACUUGCUCCUCUCUUUGA